AUGGGGAACCUGGGCCAUUCCGCCCACCUCCCCAUUCCCCCCUCGCUUCCUCCUUCGGGCCAUCCAGCCCCCCUCCCCCUUCCCCCUCGCUUCCUCCCCCUAAGGGCCAUCCAGCCCACCUCCCCCUUCCCCCUCGCUUCCUCCUCCUUCGGGCCAUCCAGCCCACCUCCCCCUUCCCCCUCGCUUCCUCCUCCUUCGGGCCAUCCAGCCCACCUCCCCCUUCCCCCUCGCUUCCUCCUCCUUCGGGCCAUCCAGCCCACCUCCCCCUUCCCCCUCGCUUCCUCCUCCUUCGGGCCAUCCAGCCCACCUCCCCCUUCCCCCUCGCUUCCUCCUCCUUCGGGCCAUCCAGCCCACCUCCCCCUUCCCCCUCGCUUCCUCCUCCUUCGGGCCAUCCAGCCCACCUCCCCCUUCCCCCUCGCUUCCUCCUCCUUCGGGCCAUCCAGCCCACCUCCCCCUUCCCCCUCGCUUCCUCCUCCUUCGGGCCAUCCAGCCCACCUCCCCCUUCCCCCUCGCUUCCUCCUCCUUCGGGCCAUCCAGCCCACCUCCCCCUUCCCCCUCGCUUCCUCCUCCUUCGGGCCAUCCAGCCCACCUCCCCCUCCCCCCUCGCUUCCUCCUCCUUCGGGCCAUCCAGCCCACCUCCCCCUUCCCCCUCGCUUCCUCCUCCUUCGGGCCAUCCAGCCCACCUCCCCCUUCCCCCUCGCUUCCUCCUCCUUCGGGCCAUCCAGCCCACCUCCCCCUUCCCCCUCGCUUCCUCCUCCUUCGGGCCAUCCAGCCCACCUCCCCCUUCCCCCUCGCUUCCUCCUCCUUCGGGCCAUCCAGCCCACCUCCCCCUUCCCCCUCGCUUCCUCCUCCUUCGGGCCAUCCAGCCCACCUCCCCCUCCCCCCUCGCUUCCUCCUCCUUCGGGCCAUCCAGCCCACCUCCCCCUUCCCCCUCGCUUCCUCCUCCUUCGGGCCAUCCAGCCCCCCUCCCCCUUCCCCCUCGCUUCCUCCUCCUUCGGGCCAUCCAGCCCACCUCCCCCUUCCCCCUCGCUUCCUCCUCCUUCGGGCCAUCCAGCCCACCUCCCCCUUCCCCCUCGCUUCCUCCUCCUUCGGGCCAUCCAGCCCACCUCCCCCUUCCCCCUCGCUUCCUCCUCCUUCGGGCCAUCCAGCCCUCCUCCCCCUUCCCCCUCGCUUCCUCCUCCUUCGGGCCAUCCAGCCCCCCUCCCCCUUCCCCCUCGCCUCCUCCCCCUUCGGGCCAUCCAGCCCACCUCCCCCUUCCCCCUCGCUUCCUCCUCCUUCGGGCCAUCCAGCCCACCUCCCCCUUCCCCCUCGCUUCCUCCUCCUUCGGGCCAUCCAGCCCACCUCCCCCUUCCUCCUCGCUUCCUCCCCCUUCGGGCCAUCCAGCCCACCUCCCCCUUCCCCCUCGCUUCCUCCUCCUUCGGGCCAUCCAGCCCACCUCCCCCUUCCCCCUCGCCUCCUCCUCCUUCGGGCCAUCCAGCCCCCCUCCCCCUUCCCCCUCGCCUCCUCCCCCUUCGGGCCAUCCAGCCCACCUCCCCCUUCCCCCUCGCUUCCUCCUCCUUCGGGCCAUCCAGCCCACCUCCCCCUUCCCCCUCGCUUCCUCCUCCUUCGGGCCAUCCAGCCCACCUCCCCCUUCCCCCUCGCUUCCUCCUCCUUCGGGCCAUCCAGCCCACCUCCCCCUUCCCCCUCGCUUCCUCCUCCUUCGGGCCAUCCAGCCCACCUCCCCCUUCCCCCUCGCUUCCUCCUCCUUCGGGCCAUCCAGCCCACCUCCCCCUUCCCCCUCGCUUCCGCCGUUUCCCUUCCGCCGCAGCAGCCCUCCCGCUGCCGCCGCCGUUUCCCUUCCGCCGCAGCAGCCCUCCCGCUGCCGCCGCCGUUUCCCUUCCGCCGCAGCAGCCCUCCCGCUGCCGCCGCCGUUUCCCUUCCGCCGCAGCAGCCCUCCCGCUGCCGCCGCCGUUUCCCUUCCGCCGCAGCAGCCCUCCCGCUGCCGCCGCCGUUUCCCUUCCGCCGCAGCAGCCCUCCCGCUGCCGCCGCCGUUUCCCUUCCGCCGCAGCAGCCCUCCCGCUGCCGCCGCCGUUUCCCUUCCGCCGCAGCAGCCCUCCCGCUGCCGCCGACGUUUCCCUUCCGCCGCAGCAGCCCUCCCGCUGCCGCCGCCGUCCCCCUUCGCCGCCGCAGCCCUCCCGCUGCCGCCGCCGUCCCCCUUCGCCGCCGCAGCCCUCCCGCUGCCGCCGCCGUUCCCCCUUCGCCGCCGCAGCCCUCCCGCUGCCGCCGCCGUUCCCCCUUCGCCGCCGCAGCCCUCCCGCUGCCGCCGCCGUUCCCUCUUCGCCGCCGCAGCCCUCCCGCUGCCGCCGCCGUUCCCCCUUCGCCGCCGCAGCCCUCCCGCUGCCGCCGCCGUUCCCCCUUCGCCGCCGCAGCCCUCCCGCUGCCGCCGCCGUCUCCCUUCGCCGCCCCUCCCGUUGCCGCUCUGGCCUUUCCGUCUCCGCCGCCCUCGCCUCCUCUGCUGCGCCGCUCUCCCGUCGCCGUCUCCUCGCACCUUCGGCUGACUUGCGCCCUCACCUGCAGCUUCCGCUGCCGCACCCCCCUCCCCCCCUUCUCCCCCCCUCCUUCGGCCCCGGCUUCCUCAUUCCGGGGUUGUGCACCACUAUAACAUUCAUAUGCUACGGGGUUGUGUUAGAAUAUAUCCUAUGA